AGAAGCAAAUGACAGAUGGCGGUGCCGUUUUCUUCAAACAUUCAACCCAACCCAACCUUAGAUUCUUUUCUUUUCUAACCGCUUUCAAUUUCUAUAUUAUUUAAUUAAUUUCAUUUUUUAUUUCUAUAUACUUUUUCCAUAAUUACUAUACUACAUACCAAAUAAAUUUGUCCACAAAUUUAACCAUAUACACAGUUCACCCACUUGAGAAUCUCGUCAUUAUCAUCAUCAUCAUCAUUUUUCUCAUCAAAAUUCAUAUGCCCCAAAAGGUUUAAAGUUUAGAAAAUAAGAAAAAGAAUAAAACUUUACAUUCAAUUUGAUCUGCUCCUUCUUUUUCUUCUUCCAUGACCAUUAAUUAAAUCAAAUGCUGCAGCUCUUUAGAACAUAUCAGUGCUUCUACGCUUUCUUUCUCCUCAUCUCUGUAGUUGUGUCUGUGUUCACUGAUUAUUAUAUAGAAAAGGAUGGCAUUGACUGCAGCCGAACUAGUCCACGCCGCAACAAGCGACAAGCUGACUGAAACUGAUUGGACAAAAAAUAUUGAAAUAUGCGAAUUAGUUGCUCAGGAUCCAAGGCAUGCUAGAGAUGUUGUCAAAUCUAUCAAAAAGCGUUUGGGUAGCAAACACCACAAUACUCAGCUUUUUGCUGUCAUGCUGCUGGAGAUGUUGAUGAACAAUGUUGGAGAGCAUAUCCAUGAGCAGGUUAUUGAUACCGGAAUACUCCCUAUUCUUGUGAAAAUUGUGAAGAAAAAGUCAGAUUUUCCUGUGAGGGAGCGGAUAUUUCUCCUACUCGAUGCUACACAGACAUCCCUUGGUGGUGCUUCCGGAAAGUUUCCGCAGUAUUACAAUGCAUAUUAUGAGUUGGUGAGUGCCGGAGUACAAUUUCCUCAAAGGGCUGAAGUGGUCCAAUCAAAUCAUGCUAAUUCACAACCGAAUGGGACUAAUAAUGUACCGAACAGGGAGCAGGCCCCAACUAGACCUGAAAGUGUUCCUCCGAAGGAUGCCGAGACUGUUCCUGAAUCUAGCAUCAUUCAAAAGGCAAGUAAUGCAUUACAAGUUCUAAAAGAAGUCCUUGAUGCAGUUGAUGCUCAAAACCCUCAGGCAGCAAGGGAUGAAUUCACUCUUGACCUUGUCGAACAAUGUUCCUUUCAGAAGCAAAGGGUAAUGCAUCUUGUCAUGGCUUCUCGAGACGAGAGGAUAGUUUCUCGGGCGAUCGAAUUGAAUGAGCAGCUUCAUAAAGUUCUAGCAAGACAUGAUGACCUCCUAGCUGGCAGAGUUACAACAACUGCUCCUCCUCGAUUUGAUCAUGAAGACGAAGAAGCGGAGGAGGAAGAGGAGCCCGAACAGUUAGUCCGAAGAUUACGCAAAGGAAAGGCUUGCGCGAGGCCUGAAGACGAAAAACAAAAAACCGAGAUCCCAAGCUUGGGUUUGCUUGGGGAGAGACUCCACCGUCCGCUAAUACGGCCACUCUCUUUGGAGCCAUCUCGGGAGGCUAAUACCCGUUCACCACCUGCUUCAAUGCUGCCGCCUCCACGUGCAAAACCAAAUGGGGAGGUUCCUCAUGUGACAAUUCCGCCACCGCCGGCAAAGCACAUUGAGAGGGAAAGAUUCUUUCAGGAAAACAAGGAUGGUUCUAAUUUGUCUGGCCACAUGAGAGGCCUCUCUUUACACAGUAGAAAUGGUAGCAGCUCUCUCAGUGGAAGCUAUGAUCUUAGUGAUUAACCUCUUAAAAUAAAAAUGAAAAAUAAAAAAAUAAGUAAGAAAAGAAGAGAGAGAGAGAGAGAGAGAGAGGAUAUUUUGCUCCAUCCCCCCCCCCCCCCCCCCUCUUUUGGUAUGAAUUUGAGGUUGAGAAUUAAAUUUGUGAGAAGUUGGUGAUUUUGUGAUAUAGUUUGGAUAGGGCAAGACAAAUGCAUUUGCUUCAGUUCACUCUUAUACUAGGGGGUUUUACUCUCAUAUUUUUAUAAAAAUAUAGUUAUAUCAAUAUUUUAUUGUUUAGAUGGUAUUCUCAUUUUAUAUAUAUAAGCAAG